AGUGUGUGAGUCGCAGAGGGAUCUACGGAAACUUUCGUUUUCACGGUCCACAGAGAGACACUUUUCCCUCACCGUCAGUUGCCGUCAUGUCAAACAACAGCGCAAGUAGCAGUAACUUGGCUAUAGCACAAAAAGCCGUCAAGCAGCUGCGUCUUGAAGCGAGUGUCCGCCGAAUCAAGGUGUCCCAGGCCGCCACUGACCUGAAGACCUUCUGCCAGCAGAAUGCACACAAGGACCCUCUGCUCAUGGGGGUCCCUUCCAGUGACAACCCCUUCCGGCCCCCCAAAUCCUGCUCUCUCUUCUGAGCAGGUGGCGCCAGUGAGGCCCAGGAAAUGCCUGGGAGCAUUUCUCUGUCUGCCUCUCCACUGUCCCUCGCUCUGCUCUCCGUUCAUACAUUCAAAAUCUCUCUUCCUGAAGAAGUGGCCCAGCGUCGGGAGGAUCCUCCGCACAGCCCACACCUACAUCGAAGGACAUUACCGCGAUCCCCCUCAUACGCUGCAAUGUGUCAAACUGGAUCACAGUCCACUCAGAGCAACUGCAUGUCCAGUAAUUUAAUAUCUCUGGUUUGUUUUCACGCCUGAUCCUUUAAGGGUCCUAGUAACACUCACCUCCUUGUUUCUUGUGCACUAUACUGUAAUUGUCAAGGGUACGUCUGUGUCAUGUGCAAUCGGUUCCACAACAGGAACUCACCUCAGGCAGUGAAGAAGCCGAUAACUGUUAGGAGGGAGUCUAGACAUUGUGAGCCUAGCCCCCCCCCCAAAAAAAAAGAACCAUUGUGACAUGGACACUAAGUUGAUAUAUAACCGUACAACACAAUGUUGCCUUUUAACCAGAACAUAGUUUAUCUCAGAGCAGCAAGUAAGGUAUAAAGAUGACUGUUUCCCUGAAAGAGUCUGUAUUUUUAUGACUGACCUAAGUGUGGGUCAGUGUAUAUGUUGCGUUGGGUUUUUUUUUUGUAUUUGUUGUUUAUCACACAGUUAGGCUUGUUCUUACAGUCUGAGGAAAUAGUGUUCGCAUUGUAUUGUAAAACCAUUGCUCUGUCUCAAAAGAUGCACAAACACUAAAUACAACCAGCUAAUGGAACGGAUUAAUAAGGCCACUCUGAUUGGACAAUACAGCAAGUUGUAUACACCUGCAAUCCAAAAUCAAAAAUAAAAACCUAGAGGGAUAUGGUACUUUGAGGUGCACAACAGGGCUUAUUAAAGGUAAUUCAAGGUAUCUGUCAGACUAAUGGCACUCAACCCACUGAGCAAUUAUUGUACUGUCCCCCUGCCACCAUUAUUAUUAGUAGUAGAGCUAUUAGUAGUAUUUAUUGGCUUAGUUCUAAUAAGGAUGGGCUCUCAUAAUGACAAAAUGCUAUAAAGUUCUUGGGAGCUGGAGAUAGCCUUUGAUUUGUUAUCUGACAACGGUACACAAACCCGUAAACACUGCUAACUUUAACUCUGAAGAGCUACUUGUACACUCCCUCACUCCCCACACCCCUUUCAUAAAAAAGAAACAUAGGUACACAUUUAUAUAAUAAUAUGUAAUAUUCAUAGCAUAUGUAAUGACACUGGCAGUGUUACACAUAGACUGAGACCAUGUGGGUACCCUACAUGAGAACUGCUUUUUGGAAGUUGAGAUGGUUUGGCAAAGGCCAGAUUGUCCACCUAGUAUUGUUCUUGUUGGUCACUGAGUAUGAAUACUUUGUCCUGUUACUUAACAUUUCUCUACCUCCUCUAUCAUAAUAUUUUACCAUGUUUCUGCUUUUCCAAUCCUGCCACCAUUUUCUGGUUCAUCAUAAACUCUGCUGCUCUUUCUGUCACCUCUGUUCAUGAUUUUCUUCCCAGAAACCAUCUCUCUCUGUCAGCUUCCAUUUACAGUUGGAUGUAACCUAAUUACACAUGUUGAAAAAUGCGUCAGACUUUUUAAUCACUGGAGAAAUUACAAAAAAUA